CCUCGUUGAUCUUUUACUGCGGAUGCGCACUGGUGUCACAACAUCAGAGCUCGCCGAGGACGCACCUCCAAGUCUGUGCGCGCACGCGUGUGUGUGUGUGAACUCAAGCUCUGGUGUGUGCUCAGUCUGUCUGUCUAAUAGAGUGACCCCCCAGCACGCUGUUUAAAGGGAAGACAAGAGAGCUGAGUCAACGAAUCACAAGGAGAAGGAUGCAACAGUUGAUGUGCGCAAGUUGCACAGUUUUCUUGUAUUUGGAGACGGCCCGCACACACGGAGGAUGGUGGCUUUGAUCUGUGUGGAGGAAGGAUCGGAUGUUUUGUUGCUUUAAAAAUCUCAUCUGUCAGAUAAUAUUAAACAGAAAGGUCCGCGCGUCUGAAAAGCAAAGGGUGUUGUAGUUGUUGUCGGCUGUCCACUCGCGCGUCUUUUCUCACCAAAAUGGACAUUUGGACAGAUAUGCAUUUGGAGGGACUUCAUGCUCUGCUGGAAUGGAGUUGAAGCGGGGGUUUUCGGAUGGUCUGCGGCGGUGAGUAGCAGUGCAGUCUGCACCAAUAUGCAUCGGAUUCUGCAGAGGAGGCGAGUGCGCAAGCUGCGGGUCUUCUGGGCUUCUCUGGCCCUGGUGGCUCUGUCUCUGGCCGCAUGCAGCGCGCUGUUCACGGCGUGGACUUGGCGUCAGACGCGGGACCUGUCUCAAUCCUUUAAGAUCCUGCAGGACCGACUGGAGCAGGUCAAUACACAGAGGAAGGCCAUUGUUCAGCUCAUUCUGGAGAAGAGAGAGCUGCUUGUGGGGCAAAGAGUGAAAAGAGACGGGGGGACGGUGCGAGGGAGGAAUGGAAAUGGAAAGAAAGCGGCGUCUCAUUUUGAGAUAACCAAAGUCUCCUCUCAGCAAGUGGGAGAGGGCGGAGUGAUAAAGGGUUGGGAGGAGAGGACGUUGAAUAUGAGUAAAGCAGUGAGGUACAACAAGGAACAAGGCACCUUCACUGUGGAGAAAGCAGGCGUCUACUUCCUGUUCUGCCAGGUUUUGUUCAAUGAGCAACAGUCUCAGUAUGUGAAGCUGGAUGUGGUGACCAGCGGCCAGAGGCCUCAGAAGCUGCAGUGCAUGGAGGGUUACGGGACGACCCCCUCCGCCGGGCCGCACCCUUUCCACUUCCUGAAGCCCUGCCAGGUGUCCGGCCUCCUGCGAUUGGACAGAGGCACGGAGCUGCAGGCCAUCACAGGCCCGGCCUUCAGACUCCACACUGUGGGCAAUCCUUCAGCCUCGCCUCACAUCUUCAGCAUCUUUAAAGUCAACUGAAGCUUGGAAUCUUUUAACACAAACUUGUCUGAGAACAACAAAAUAUCACUUGUUUUUCUAUGGAUGAGAUUUUUGUCUACACGGUAAAAGUCAUAAGCAGUCGUGGGCAUCACAUCGUGCCACAGCCUCUUCCCAAAGACCUUAAUUUGAAAGACAAACCUGACAUUUGUGGAGGUUGUUGUGGAAUUUUUCUCUGGACAGCGGUGCUGUUUUGGAACGCGAAACACAGACUUUUGGAUUAAAACCAAGACCCAAAGUGGCCGAAAGGCCUCGAUGAAUGUCUGCCGAGAGAACAGAUGUGAUGGAAGCUGUUCUGUAGAUAAAGGGCUUCAUAUAAAAAAAAAAAAUACUUGGAUGUUCAUCUUAGCCUUUCGUAUCAUGUAAUAAAAUGUGCUUACACUCUCUUUAUAGGACUGACAGUAAAGCUGUGCAUGCACCUUCCACUUUUAUAUCAACGGUGCCUCAAGAAGCUGAGAGCACGUCUGCAAGCGUCAGUUCUCGACACUAUAAACGGCCUACAUGAGUUGUCAGUGAUAUUUUAUACAAUUCAGCGUCUGCGUGUGUUUGUGAAAUCUAAUGAAUCAAACUUUUUUUGUUGUUGUUUAUACUGAUUUUAUGAUUACAAUGCAAUGAGUGUCUGAGUGUGAAAUUACCUACAUUUCCUUUGAAUACUUUGUAUAUACUUUUAAACACGUGCCUAUCAAGUCAGGAGCUGACAGAGAAAGGGGAACAUUUUAAAUAACAUGGAUGUGAAAUUUGAUUGUAUGGUAGUUUUAUGUAUAGUAUUGGCUUUAUUGUUUAAAUGCAGUUGCAAAUUGCAAGCUUUAAAUACAGCUUUGUCUCUUU